GCCCGCAAUUACAUUUCACAUCUCUCCCUCGACUGCUACUAGAGGCACACAACAAUGGAAGACCGUCGCUUUACCGCCCUCUCCACCGAUCCUCGAUAUCGUCUGCCGAACCGCAAAGAAGCGCGAACAGCGGUCGACCCGCGCUUCAAGCGCCUCUUCACCGACCAGGACUUUCGAAGGAAGGCAACUGUUGAUCGAUAUGGCCGGAAGAUCAAGACAGACAGCGGGAGGAAAGACCUGGAGAAACGUUACAUACUCGAGGAAGAGCCUAGCAAACCGAAGGCCAAGGUAAACGAACGUGAGCUUGCAGGAAGUUCAGAAGAAGAAGAUGAUGCGGAUCAGGAGGAAGAGCUGGUGAAUAGGCGAGAUCCGGCUCGUGAUGGAGGUUUCUCUGCUUCCUCGUCAGAGGAGGAGAGCAGUUCGGAAGAGGAGGAUCUAAGUGACGACGAGGCUGCUCUCGCCGAGGAGACGGCCGGCCGGGAGCAGACAGAGGAGACGCCAAUGGGCGAGGUGUCGUAUCGUUUGGCUGCUGUAAAUUUGGACUGGGACCACAUACGCGCAUCGGAUAUUAUGGCUGUGGCCUCGAGUCUGGCGCCGAAAGAAGGCAAGGUCGAGAGCGUUUCCAUCUACCCCAGCGAGUUUGGACGAGAGAGGAUGGAGCGCGAAGAACUGGAUGGCCCACCCAGGGAGAUCUUCACAAGUUCGUCGCGCGUGCAAGAGCUGGACGAAGAGAGCGAUGAGGAGGAGGAUAGCGAGGACGACGAAAAGAUCAGGCGCAAGCUUCAACAAGACCAGGUCAACGAAGGCGGCGAAUUCGACACUGCCAAAUUGCGGCAGUACCAACUCGAGCGACUGCGCUAUUAUUAUGCCGUCAUCGCAUGCGACUCCAAAGCGACGGCUAAAGUUCUGUACGAUUCCAUGGACGGGCGAGAGUAUCUGACCACCUCCAACUUCUUCGACCUCCGCUUCAUCCCCGAUGAGACGACUUUUGACGAUGACAAGCCACGAGACGAAUGCACGUCUCUCCCCACGGGAUAUAAACCAAACGACUUCAAGACCGAAGCACUCACGCACUCAAAAGUCCGACUCACCUGGGACGACGACGACGCGACGCGGAAAGAAGUCCAGAAGCGCGCCUUUUCCCGCGCGGAAAUGGAUGAGAACGAUCUUCAGGCGUACAUUGGCAGCGACUCCUCUGACGCAGAGAGCGUCGCUUCUCGCAAAUCCGCCGCCGAGGACAGAAACGCGAAGAAGGCCGAAGCGGCCAAAGCGAAGAUGCGAGCCGCGUUGGGCUUGCCAGAUGAAUUCAGCAAGGCGGCCAAGAAGGGUGCCAAAGACGAGGCCGUGGGCGACAUGCAAAUCACCUUCACCUCCGGCCUCGGUGCGGGUGGCAAAGACGGAAAGAGUGUCUUCGAAAACGAGCCACAAGACGAAGAGAGCACGCGAGACCGGUACAUUCGCAAAGAGCGAGAGAGGAAGCAGAAACGAAAGGAGAAGAUGAAAGCCAGCCGCCCCGGCGCGGCGAAAGCCGCCAAAAAAGCCCAACGUGAGAAGAAGCAUGCUGCAAAAGCGGAGCUAGAAGCGCAGAACGCGAGUCGCAAAGCCGAACUCGAGCUGCUCAUGGCCGACGACGAAAACGGCGACAAUCUGCGCCACUUUGACAUGCGCGAGAUCGAGAAGGCGCAGAAGCGGAAGGGCAAGAAAGGCAAGAAGGGCAAGAAGAAGAAGCAGCAUGGAUCUGCGGAAGCGGAAGUCGAGGACACGUUCAAACUUGAAACGCGGGAUCCCCGCUUUCAGGCGCUGUUUGAGAGUCAUGAGUAUGCUAUUGAUCCUACUAAUCCGCGCUUCAAGGGGACUGAGGGGAUGAAGGCGUUGUUGGAGGAGGGGAGGAAGAAGCGGCAGAGGUUUGAGGAGGAUGGUGAGGCGGAGGUGGAGGCGCGGGGGAAGAAGGCGAAGCAGGUACCACGAGAGCAGGUGACGGGUGAGGACGACCUCAAAGGCCUCGUGGCUAGGCUGCAGAGCGGGGGGAAGAAGGCAAAAAAGGGAUAG